AUGGAGCCAUCUCAAGAAACCUCCCAAGGGCCGUCUCACUUGUCCCAGACUACGAAGAAUCCCAAGACGCCCGCGCUCACAGUCGACUUCUCAUGGCGAAAGUUCAAAGCCAUAAUCUAUGAGGGCGACACAGUCAACGGGACCCCACUCUACACGCUCAACUACAACAUUCUCGGACGACUAAAGCUCAUCUUCAAGCGCGUCUCAAAUCCAGCCGCACUCGACAAAGUCUCAUCUGAAGAAACAUCCGACAUCACAGAUGAUUCCGGAGAGGACCACGCGCCAAACUCAGACAUCAUCGGCAAAGGCAAAAUCCGCAUCGUCCACAUCGACGCCGACUACGAAGUCCACGGCCGAUCCGACAAACUGGUUGCACAGAAACGCUGGUGCACAGAGUACACGCACCGCUCAAAGGCAAUGUCAGACGAUGGCAAACUCGUCACAAUGCACUGGCUGAGUGAUAGCGAUUUCAAGACGUGGGACUUUAUCUGCGUGGACGAGAACCAGUUGCCCGUAGCGAAGUGCUCGCUUAACCUAUGGGCGCUGAAGACGAUUGGCAAGAUCGAGUUUAUGGGCCCCAAGGCACAUGACAGGGCUUUCCAGGAGGAGAUUAUGGUAGCUAGCUUGACGCUGGCUUAUUGUAUGAUCACGCGGGUUAAUAGUCCCUUGUCGCUAUUGGGAUCGGUCUUUGCGAAGCCCGGGCAUGACAAAGAUUGGAGCGAAGGCGCUUCCACUGCUAAUGAGAAGCACUCUUCUGUCUAG